AUUGCCAAUGCAGGACAACAAGGAAAUGCUAUUGGUGGUUUAUCAGUAGGGGAACCUGCUGAGGAAAUGUACGCCAUGACCGAAGUGGUUUGCGAAAUUUUACCGGAAGAUAAACCUCGUUAUUUAAUGGGAGUAGGAACUCCAAUUAAUAUUUUAGAAAAUAUUGCGUUAGGUAUUGAUAUGUUCGAUUGUGUUAUGCCAACUCGUAAUGCCAGAAACGGUAUGUUGUUUACGGCAAACGGAACAAUCAAUAUUAAAAACAAAAAGUGGGAAGCUGAUUUUUCACCAAUCGACGAGAUGGGGCAUACUUUUGUAGAUACUGAAUAUACAAAAGCAUAUUUACGUCACUUAUUUGCAGCCAACGAAUAUUUAGGAAAACAAAUUGCUACGAUUCAUAAUCUUGGUUUCUAUAUGUGGUUGGUUCGUGAAGCCAGAAAACAUAUCUUA